ACUCCCCAGCCCCUCCAUCGAGAUCUUCUCUGCGCCCGCACGUCAUCGGCAACCACACAUCAACGUCGUCUUGCUUGCGAAUAGCCUCUUCCUUCUCCUCUGUACAUCGUCAGCGAUCAUGGCGACCCAUAUUCCAGACAAGCUCAAGGCAGCAGACCUCAUACGAUUCAUCGUGAGAGCUGCGCAGCUUGAGAAGGUCAAGCCUGUGAUGGCCUACUGGUGCGAAUACUGGAUCGUCAAUCAGAUUCUCUCAAAGGGCCUGCACAAUGGCGACAACGAAACCCUACAGUACACGACGACCUUGAUGGACAAGCUGGAACAGAUCAAAGCCGAUAAUGCUACGAACGAUGCGAUAGUAGACGAUACGGCUGGUCAGGCAUUUGUGGAACAGUUUGGACUGGAAACAUUCCAGAGAGCCGACAGAGCCGUGCAGGCAGACAAGGUCACAAAGCAAACGGCAGACACAUUCCAAGCAGCCGCCACUUUCCUUGAGCUAGUUAACAUUUGGGCCCCUCCCGAUGCAGAGACACAAUCGAAGAUAAAGUAUGCAAAAUGGAAUGCUGUACGAAUAGUCAAGGCAUUGAAGGAGGGAAAAGAUCCAAACGAAUCGAAUCCGAAGACGCCAGCACCAGAGGAGAAUCUGCCAGCGCUUGAUCCGAACGACCCUGAGGUCCAGAUGCUUGGAUCCCCUACGAAACCACAACCAGCGUAUGUUGAAGAGGCUCCAGACGAGCAGGACAGAGUUGAAGCUCGUCUUGCCAGACAAUCUUCCAUCGACCAAUCGCUGCAUCCUUCCGCUCAGGUUUCAGCACGCGGUUCGCCAAAAGCUCCAUAUGAUCCAUACCCUAGAGAUGGCUUCCCGUACACCGCAGUCCAAGAUGACAAUGUAUCACCCCUGGAACAAUCUCCCAAUCCGAGAAACGGAUCGGUUGGUGGUGGUUAUUUCCCAGAAGUCCCGACCUUCACAUCAGAAUCACGAGAUGCUACGCUCCCUACUGCACCGCCAGAUGAUAUCCUCGAUCUAGGCCUCCCACAGCAGCCAUCGGCGCCUCCUGGCGCUAGUGUUUCUCCGGAUUUUGAAUCAUUCCCGCCUCCCACUUUACCCGAUGAGCCAGUUGGCCCGCCACCUCAAGAUUAUUACCGACAAGCACCACCUACGCAAUCUCCUCACAUCAGACAAGAGCAAGAGCAACAUAUUACCCCUGACCAACAUUCUCAUGUUCAGAAGCCCACUAUUCCACCACAUUUCCAUCAGCCUGCCCCAAGUCAGCAACAGUUCCAGCAACCGCCCCCAAAUCAGCAGCAUGUUCACUACACUCCACCGAUCCACAACCCGUAUGAAUCCCCACGACAACAAUAUCAGCCACCACCCGCCGCGCAAGCUCCACCUCCAGUUCAGAACACGCAACUUAUUAUCGAUGAUAUGGCAAUUGCAAAGGCGCAGAAACAUGCGAGAUGGGCAAUCUCAGCCCUGAAUUUUGAGGAUGCUGAUACUGCAGUCAAGGAAUUGAGGGCUGCUUUGAAAACUCUUGGUGCAGAGUAGGUCGGGGAAGCGUUGUGUUAGUAGGAUUGUAUCUUGUAGAUUAGCAAGCACACUGCGAAUACCCAAUAUAUCAGUUAUUGUUAUAAUUCGAGUAGCGGGCAAAGUCGAACUCACUGUUCACACCUCCCUAUAGUGCUUGCUAGGGACUCUAUAUAAAGUAUUCUAUACAAAAAGUCAAAUGCUUGAAAAGAGGGUAUAUAAGUAAGGCGGUUUUGAAAAACACACCUUAGUAAGGAGCUACUUUAUUAAAAUUGUAUAAUUAACAACUCGAUAUCAAAAUGUGUUCAAUAAUCGACGACUUUCAAGAUGAAGAGAUCAAGCGAGUAUGGUUCUAUUGGUCGUCGGCCG